UACCAGGAUGCAGCCCUUCUCAACAUUCUUUGGUAUUUGCUGGGUCGGUCUUCAGACACUGUGUCUCGUGAAAACCAGGUCGCUGUUUACCCUGGUGGGUGUCUAUUUAUCACCUUUAAGCGCAUGAAGUCUGCCUCGUAUCAAGGAGCGUCGAUUUCUCACGACCCAAACGAUUUUUCGUCUUGCCCAAUUCACGCACUAGCUUUGGCUACAAUUAUGGAGUCGACUCCAAGCGAGUUUCUCAUGGAUCAACUUCCUCGGGAUACACAAGAGCUCCUGCCGACUGAAUUUGGCGAAACACCGCUCCGCGAACUACUUGAUGCGCGGACCAGGUCCCCAGCAACCUCCAACCCUGAGUCGCCGACCCCAAAAGCACCUGCGAAAAAAGCGACAGUCCCCGGAAUUCACGCGUAUGUUAAUCGCGUACUGCAGAAGUGGAGUGGUGUCUGCCAAACCGAAGGUACUAACCUGACGCCAGGGCUAUCAUCGCAUUCAUUUCGGCGUGGAGCUGCUCAAAACGCGAAUAGUGACAGCAAAAUCAGCACACCUUGGAUUCUAGACCGUGGAGGCUGGAGCAUGAGUGCUGUGAGCAAAGCGUUCAAUUAUAUUGUUGGCACGACGCAGGAAGAUCAAACCGUCGGCAAGUCGUUAGCUGGAUGA